AAUAAAUUAUUUUGUAUAAUACAUAAUCCAAUUCUCAUAGGGCGUGGAUGUUUUAGUUAGUCAUAUAGGUGUAUUUAAUUGCUGUAGGCUAUUUUCCAGUAUUUUCUAGCAUACUUAUUACUCACACAUUGUGCCACCCACCCACUGUCAUGGGACAUAACCCAUUCAGUGCUUAUGUCACCUUUGCGUGCCAUGCGAUACUAAUUUGACCCGUUCAUACUAAUUUGACCAGUUUUUUGUUAGCGCUGUAUAGACAUUUGUAUGGAAAAACAUUUUGUAUGGACUUAUUAACAGUAAAUAUUUAUUAUUUACUAUCAAAGCCGUAGUUUUAUUUGAAAAACUGACUUCGCUCCUGGUGAACGUAAAUAUAACAAAUAGUGUAACAGUGAAUGGGUUAAACAACUUGACUUUUGAAUUUAUGUUUGUUGUUACUUAUUAAUGUUUUUGAAGAUAUUAUUCUUUAGGCGCGAUUCGAUUGAGGGUAAAAUUGUACAUAAAUCUGUAAGCCUGCGCACACAGAAGUGGCCUUUUAUCAGGGUAUUAGGAAUGCAAGAACCUGCAUCUGUGAUAUUUUCUCUGCUCAAUGGAUAUUUCCACGUAAAAAUGAUUAGGAAGUUUAGACGAGAAGUAAGAGGUGACAGUCCUUUGGUAUGGUUAUGGCAUGCAUUCUUCAUUGUUUCAGUACAUGCAUGGACCUGGUCAGCCGUUUUUCACUAUCGAGAUUUUCCUUUAACAGAAAUUUUAGACUAUGCCUGUGCCUUUUCUAUGGUAUUGAUGAAUUGCUACGUUAUGGCUAUGAGGUUAUUAUAUGGCAAACUUCCCACAUUUGGGUUAAUUGGAAUAACACUCGUUUUUAUACUGUUUCUAAUGAGCCAUGUAGCAUAUUUAAGUAUAGGACGUAUUGACUAUGGUUAUAACAUAGAGCUCAACAUUGCUGUAGGUACUUUUACGGCACUUUGUUGGUUUGUUUGGUGUUUUUAUAAUCGUUCGAGUCACAAGUAUGUAUGGAAAUGUGCCAUUUAUGUAGCGAUAUCCGGUCUUGUUCUACUGCUGGAAUUAAUCGAUAGGCCUCCAAUAUAUUUUACAGUCGAUUACCACGCAUUGUGGCAUUUAUCUACAGCACCUCUCAUCGUUUUUGUAUAUGGAUUUGCUAUCGAUGAUUGUAAGUACUUGAGAAAUAAGAAAGAUUUAGCGAAGAAACUGCCCUGAGGAUCGGACAAGAGAACUAAAGAUAAGAAGUAUAAACGUCGAAAUGCCAAUUCCUUGAAUAACCACAAAGUCAUAUCAUUUUAUAGAUAAGUAAAUCGUCUAGUCAUUUCAAUAAUUAUUUACAUAACUUGUUUCAUUUGAGAGUAUUUAGAAUUUAGAAUUAAGUAUUUUUUUGUCAUUAUUUAAUGGAAACUGUAGAGAAUAUAAAAAAAGAAUUAGUAGCUUUUUAAUGUUAAUAUAUAUUUUUUUAAUCGUCAUGUAAUCAUCGACAUUAGUAAUGGCUGCUAAAAGUACAUGAAAGGUUUUGGUAUUUUUUAAAGAAGUCUAGGUAUAUUUUUACAUCCUAAUUUGUCCCUCUCCAGGGAAGGGGGUAAUUAUUUGACAUGUAUGUAUGAGCGUUAACUGGCCUUUUAGGCCCAUUGUUGGAUGAAUAAUUUCCAUCCUUUUCUCUUCUUAGCCAUCAGCUUCCAAUAUCUGAUUUCCAUAUCUCUGACAUGUUCCAUCACUGGUCUUUCUCUCUUUUGUUGCCCUCAGAUACUCUCCAUCCAAUAGUCUUGACUUGUCUAUUACCUUGCAUUCUCUACCUAAAAUGUUCGAGCCAUUCUAGUCUACGUUUUUUCGCUAUUUUUGUUAUUGGAGUGUUAGCAUACAAUUGGUACACUUUUACAUUAAUUCGUCUUCUGCAUUCUCCCUCUACUACUUUUCCACCAAAUAUUCUGCGAAGUACAUGUGUUUCCCAUGCUUCCAAUCUGUUCUAUAUGGCUCUGUUCAUAGUCCAUGUCUCGGCAGAGUAUAUAAUUUUUCUCAGAGACUUCUUUCAGUGCGUCAUAGUUUUUCGAUUCUUUUUAACGCAUAAGUUGGAAGUGACAGAAAAAAGGUACGUCCGUGAUUAUACUCAUUUAUAACAUUUAUUCUAGUUGUUGAUAGAUGGCGCUAUAAUAAAAAAAUGAUUUACCUAUUAUCUAUACGACUGCAAACUGUACAAUUUAGACGAGUAUACAAAUCAAAGACCAUACAUUUUUAUAAAUGCAAUAAACACGAUUGAUUUGUUUUUAUAACAAAUUACAAAUAAAAGGGUUUAAUUGCAAUAAUCUUUUCAUAUUUGGCAUAUUCGUAUAUUAAUAAUUCGAAUAAUUUUCAUAUUCGUAUAGAUAUGUAAUAGGUAAAUCAUUUUUUCCGAUUAUAGCGCCAACUAUCAACAACUAGAAAAAAUGUUAUAGAUGUGUAUAAUCACGGACGUAUCUUUUUUCUGUCACUUGUGACGCACUGUAAAAAGCCUCUAAGAAGCACCAUAGCAUUGUGGGUCUAACUAUAGUUUUGUAUACUCUUAUUUUUGUGCCCCAGCACAUCCUCUUGGUUUGUCUCAGAUUGAUUUAAGUUUCUUCCUUACAUGUCUGGUCAAUAAUAUUAUAUUCGUUCACCUUCCCAAAUUCUACAACUAAUUCAUCCUCAAUCUCUAAUUUAAAGGAAUCCCUGUUGUUUAUUCAUUUUUUGCUGGAGAUUUUCAUGUACUUGGAUUUAUUAAUAUUAACUUUCAUUCCCAUUUUAGAGGUUUCCCGAAUCAGUUUUUUGCUAUACUUGCCAUUUAUUUUCCAUUUCUUGCAAUGAGAACUACAUCAACAAGGUACGCUAAGCAUUGGUGCUCUUUGUAGAAAAGAGUACCGGAAGAUAUUUUUUUUAUAACUAUAUUAAAUAGCAAGGUAGACAACGGGUCACCUUGGCGAACACUUUUUUUGAUUCAAAUUCUUCUGAGACUCUCUCAUUGCAUUUCAUAGUCCAUGUGGUGAGACCGCUCCCGUCUGGAAAAAUUUCUGAUUCGGUUUUUUUGUGGAUUCCUAUUCAAAAAUGUCCCCUUUAAACAAAUCUGAAGGGUGCCGGGCGGAAUUUUUGGGCAGAAAUUGUUUAAACAAAUUUUUUAAACAAAUACAAAAGAUCACGUUUUUUUGCUCCGGAAAAUAUAUUUUUAAGUUUUGGGGGUCAUUCUAAACAAGAAAGGUAUCUUGUAAAUGUUCUCAAAAAUUGAUAGUUUUCGAGUUAUAGGCGAUUUAAAAUCUGAAAAAUGCGAAAAUACGCAUUUUCGAGGCCUAAAAACUCAUAUUUAAAUUAGUAUUUUUGAGGUUGCCAGAUACUUAAAUUGAAGUUUAAACAUUCAGCUUCAAGAUUCUGAAGAGUGAUUAUGUCUAACCUUAAUUUAAAGCGUUGUUUUUUAAUUGUUAAAUAUGCAUCUCCAUCCGAUUUUUUGCCGGUGCGGCGCGCUCUAUUUCAAAAAUCUCCAAUUUUCCUCCGAAAGAUAUUUUUUCUAGAUUCUUUGGGAUAUUCUAAGUAAAAUAAGUUUCUUGACAUUUUUCUCAAAAGUUAACAGUUUUAAAGUUAUAAGCGAUUUAAAAUCCAAAAAUGCGUUUUUUGUCAUUUUUCGGAUUUUAAAUCGCUUAUAACUUUAAAACUAUUAACUUUUGAGAAAAAUGUCAAGAAACUUAUUUUAUUUAGAAUAUCCCAAAGAAUCUAGAAAAAAUAUUUUUCGGAGGAAAAUAGGAGAUUUUUGAAAGAGAGCGCGCCGCACCGGCAAAAAAAUCGGAUGAACACGCAUAUUUAACAAUUAAAAAACAACGGUAUAAAUUAAGGUUAGACGCUAUCACUCUUCAGAAUCUUGAAGCGGAAUGUUUAAUCUUCAAUUUAAGUAUCUGGCAACCUCAAAAAUACUAAUUUAAAUAUGAAUUUUUAAGUCUCGAAAAUGCGUAUUUUCGCAUUUUUCAGAUUUUAAAUCGCCUAUAACUCGAAAACUAUCAAUUUUAAAGAAAAAUUACAAGAUAUCUUUCUUGUUUAGACCAACCCAAGAAACCUAAAAAUAUAUGUUCCAGGGCAAAAAAUUUAAUCUUUUGUAUUUGUUUAAAAACAUUGUUUAAACAAUUUCUGCACAAAAAUUCCGCCUGGCGCCCUUCAGAUUUGUUUAAAGGGGACAUUUUUGAAUAGAAAUCCACAAAGAAACCGAAUCAGAAAUUUUUUUUAGACGGGAGCGGUCUCACCACAUGGACUAUCACAGCACAAAUGGUUUUUCCAAUUGUCAUUUUUACCUAUCUUACUGUUUUGUCUGGUGCUUGGAAUUCUUUUAACGUUUCUCUUAAUUUGUUUCUUUCUAUUGUAUCGUAGGCGGCCUUGUUAUCAACGAAAAGUACUCGAGCUGAAAUGUAUUCAUAAUAAUUGAUCAGGAUUUGUUUAAACAUAAAAAUUGAUCGGUUGUUGAUCUUCCCUUGUGAAAUCCUCCCUGGUAUUCUCCUAGAUUCUUCUCCAAAUAUACAGUAUGUCCCUGUAAGUUGUAUCCAUAUGGAAAACUUUUUUAUUAUUAAUUUUACGAAAUUUUUUUUAUUCUUUAUAAAAAGCUUGCAUGAUCCAAAACCUAAGAUUCAACCAUCAGAUAUCAAAUUUUAUGAAUAUUAUACGAGGAGUGUCAAAAAAUAUGAAUUUCGCUCAAGAGUAAAGUAGCUUUAUUUUUUACAAUAUUGAAAAUUGCCAUUAUGAAAAUUUGUUUGGAAUUAAGAACUAUAGUCUAAUAUGCAAUUACACCUUUCUAAUUGAAAAAAAUUUUUUUUUGAAAAAUUAUGGGAAACCAACAUUAUUUUCAGUUAUUUUAAUUCUGAUAACUCUUUUAUUAUUAAUUUUACGAAAAAAAGUGAUUCUUAAUAAAAAGUUCUGCAUGGUCUAAAACCUAAAAUACAACCAUCUUAUAUCAAAUUUGAUCAAUUUUAUACGAGGUUUGUCAAAAUGGAUAAAUUUAGAUCAAAAGUAAAGUACCUUUAUAGUUCAGAAUAUUUCAAUUAGAAGGAUGUAAUUACAUAUCAAUACAUAAUUUUUAUUUCUAAACAGCUUUUCAUAAUAACAAUUUUCGAUAUUGUGAAAAAUAAAGGUGUUUUACUCUUGAGCGAAACUCAUAUUUUUUGACAUACCUCCUAUAAAAUUGAUAAAAUUUGAUAUAAGGUGGUUAUAUUUCAGGUUUUAGACAAUGAAGAACACUUUAUAAAGAAUAACUUUUUUCGUAACAUUAGUAAUAAAAGACUUAUUUUAAUUGACAUAACUGAAUAUAAUGUUGGUUAUCCAUAAUAAUUUAAGAAACAUUUUCAAAACUUUUUUUUAAUUAGAAGAAUGUAGUUGCAUACUAGAAUAUAGUUCUUGAUUCCAAACAACUUUUCUUAAUAACAAUUUUCAAUAUUUUGAAAAAUAAAGCUACUUUACUCUUGAGCGGAAUUCAUAUUUUUUGACACACCUCGUAUAAUAUUCAUAAAAUUUGAUAUCUGAUCUUAGGCUUUGGACCAUGCAGAGCUUUUCAUGAAGAGUAACUUUUUUUCGUAAAAUUAAUAAUAAAAAAGUUUUCCAUAUGGAUACAACUUACAGGGACAUACUGUAUAUUUCUAGUCGUUUUUUGAUUAGUAUGGCGAGCACUUUGUAUAUUACCUCUAACAAGGUUAUAACAAUAUUGAGCUCCAUUCAUCCACCUCGUCGAUGGAUUAUAAAUCGUUGGGUAGAGCACAAUAGGAGUGAAUAACGAAAGGCACGAAAACGGUUCGACUCCUUAUACUCCAGGGAAAUAAGGUUUUUGUCGGGACACUUGAACAGCCAGGUUGCAAAUGGGUUUUUUUGGGUACUAUAUACCUAAUACAUUAUAAAUACAAAAAUUCCCGUCACAGUUCGGACGAGAAUUUUAGUUAUUAACAAAUAAGGGUCAAAAAUGGCAGUUUUUUCGUUUAAACAGCUACAGGUAAAAAUAGGAUAAUUAAAUAUCUUAUUUAUAGUAUUCUUCUUUUAGUAGAUGAGCCCAUGUUUAAAACGGCAGUUUUUAAAUUUUGGUCCGAUCAUUUGUUGCUUCGAAAAUUGCAAAAUAAAACUAAAAUUUCGAAAAUAAAAAAUUGGCUAUAACUUUCGCGAAAGUGACUUUACGACUUUAUAUUUCACAAAAAGUUGAGUCAAAGAGUCCAUAUACUGCACAAAAAAUUUUAAGACGAUUCGUCAAUUGAUUUUAAUUUUAUUCAAUUUGUUUAUCCCAAAGAGCUUUUUUUUUGUAAUGUUAUUGUUCAGAAAAUAAUAAUUAUAUAGAAAUUCUGUGAAAACCACAUGAAAUAACAAUAGUGUUGUUUUCAAAUUAUUGAAAAAAAUCAUUAAAAAGUAAUUUUUGUCACUACGAAAACAUUUUACUAAAGUAGAGUCAUUUUUGGCUUGAAAACAAUUGGAAUAGCUUUGUUAAUAUUGACUGUAGAGUAAAUUUACCUUGGAAUUUCAAAAGCUGGUAUUUUUACACAAAUUUUCAAAAAAAAAAUCUUUUCGCCUAUGUUAAUUACGGUCAAAGUUAGCCACUUUUAUUAUUUAAUUCCCAGUUACUUCAAAUUCUCCUGUAACAGUGUUAGUUACCAUACUACUCCGAAACGGAUUGGCCUAUUUUUAUGAAAUUUUACAAGUAUAUCCUAUGGGACUGAGAACAGGUUUUUACUUAAUUUACACUUUUCCAUCACCAACCCCUAUGUGUUAAUACCCAUCUAUAUAUUUGCAUCUAUAAAAUUCUCCUGUCACAGUGUUAGUUGUCAUACUCCUCCGAGACAGCUUGACCGAUUUAUAUGAAAUUAUAUAUGUAUAUUCGGUAGGUCUUAGAAUCGGUCGUAAUCUAUUUUUCAUAUCCCUGAGUGAUAAGGGGAACUCCCCCUAACAUUUACGUACAUAACGUACUCUACAAGACUACGAGUACAUACAUUUUAAAAAAAUUAUGAUCAAAAUCCAUCAACAAGCUCUGGAGAUAUUAAUCGCAGCAUAUGUUUGAAGAAUCAGUUUUAUUUUUUGAGUGCACGGAUUUUAAUAAUUCAUUUCCACCGACCACAAAUCGAUUUCGUUAGAACGUUAUUUUUAAACCUUUAUUAACAACUCUGUUGAAGUUUAAAGUUUACCCAACCUUUUACACAUAAACCAUAUACCUUCAACUUCAAAAUGGCGCUAGUUGGGUUGCUUAAUUGUUAUAAACAAAGUAGCUAUCAAUUAAAUAAAAAAAGUGGCUAACUUUGACUGUAAAUUAACCUAGGCAAAAAGUGUUUUUUUUUUUAAAUUCGUAUAAAAAUACCAGCUUUCCAAGUCCCAAAGUAGUUUUAAUCUACAGUCAAUAUUAACAAAGUUAUUCAAAUUGUUUAUGAACUAAAAAUGACCCUACUUUAGUAAAAUGUUUUCGGAAUGAUAAAAAUGAUUUUUUAAUGAUUUUUUUAAAAUAGGUACUUUGAAAACAUGACUUUUCUUCUUUCACGUGGUUUUCACAGAAUUGCUAUUACAUUACUAUUUUCUCAAGUUGGUCUCAACUUUUUUUGCAAUAUGAAAGUCUUAAGGUCAUUUUCACAAAAGUUAUAGCAAUUUUUUUAUUUUUGAAAUUUUAGUCUUAUUUUGCAAUUUCUGAAGCAACAAAUGAUCAAACCGAAAUACAAAAACUGCCAUUUUAAACCUUGGCUCAUCUACUAAAAGAAUAAUAGUAUAGAUAAGAUAUUUAAUUACCCUAUUUUUACCCGUAGCGAUUUAAACGAAAAAACUGCCAUUUUUGACACUUAUUUGUUAAUAACUAAAUUUCUCGUCCGAACUGUGACGGGCAUUUUUGUAUGUAUAAUGUAUUAGGUAUAUAGUAUCCAAAAAACCCAUUUGCAACCUGGCUCCUGUGUCCCGAACAUGGUAUAUUUUUGCCUUAUUUCCCUGGAGUAUUAGUAUAUACUUUGCUUUUCAGUACUUCUGUGUUACCAUACCUAUGGUCUACGAAAUAUAUAUCUAUGAUCCAUGUAAAUAAUAAAUUUAGUACAUUAGGGCUGUGUAUGUAAUGAUUAGAUAAUUCCUAAAAACCCAGUCAGUGAAAGAAAAAAUGUGUAAAAGAUCAUUAAAAUUGUAUAGUUAGAUUGAGUAUUGAGAAGAAGCAAAUUUAAUUUGUUAUUUUAAAAUGUUUCAGUGUAAAUGUUCUUUAUUGGUUGAAUUAUUGUUGGCAUUAGAUUUGGCACGACCGUACUUGUUAUUUAGGAAGCUUUAUACUGUUUUUGUAAUAUUCAGUUAUUUAUUUUGUUUGUUAUCUUAUGUACCUUUUUAUAUAGGAACAUUUAUAUUUUUUAAAUAAAAAAACAAAAAAUGAAA